UCAAUUUGAGUUUGCAAGAGAUUUAGAAAUGCAGGAAUUCGACACCGUCAAAAAGAAAAAGAAGCUAAUUUGCCUCUAGUUCUGCGUCUUCAUCCUAUCCCACUACCACUUCGCCUUCUUGAUUUUGUCAUCCCCCCUUCAUAUAAUUAAAGCAAUGUCCACGCCAUUGCUGAUAAUCACAAUCCCUUCAGUUGCAACCCUCAAAAUUCAGUCAAAAAUGCUUGCUUUCUGGUUUUCCCUCGCCACUCGCCCCCCUGGCCUCGACCCAUAAAUCCUAUUUUCAAGUUUUUGAAAAAACUUUCAUUUUGUGCUGACGCCUAUUUUUCAGAAUUUCUUGAAGCUUUAUAUUAGUGACUCAAGAUUAUUACUUUGACUCAUGAAGCAUGUGUUAUUUGUGGCAUGCUCUGUGCUGAUAUCUUGCAACGAAUAUUAUUUGUCUUGAUAUUGAGAUUUUUACAUUUCACUUUAACUACACAUUUAAGAAUCUUGUAGUAUGAUGCAGUGUGAGAAUGAGUAUGGUUUCAGCAUUGAGUCUGAUGUGUAUCAAUUGCUGCAUAACUCAACUAUGAAUGUUGAAAAACGGGGGUGUUUGUCUACCCCUGUUAAGCAUUCUUUGGUGUUGGAUGGUGAGAAGGGGGAGUUAGUCAAGGCUUGUGGGAGAGUGGGGAAAAGAAAAGGGGUUUCAGGGACGAAGACAGAAGAGGCUUUGAGGAGUCAUAGCGAGGCAGAGAGACGAAGGAGGGAAAGAAUCAAUGCACAUUUGGAGAGCCUCCGUGAGCUUGUACCGAACAAUGAAAAGCAGAUGGACAAGGCGACUCUACUAGCUGAAGUCGUUAGCCAAAUAAAGCAACUGAGGGAAACCGCGUCACUAGCCAGCGAAGGCCUGCACAUCCCGAUGGACACGGAUGAAGUAAGAGUCGAAAGAGUGGAGAAUCAUAGUGGUGAUGGCUCGUUCUUGCUUAUGGCCUCGCUCUGCUGCGAACACUGGCCUGAUCUGCUGUCUGAUGUGAGGCAGGUGAUGAAAAGACUACCAGUUCAAGUGGUGAAGUCCGAGGUAUCAACGUUGGGAAGCAGGGUGAAGAUUGCGUUCUUGAUCACGUCAGUUGAAGGGGACGACGGUGUGGUUGGUUUGGUUCGUGCAGCUUUGAGCGAUAUUGUUGAGAAGGUGUCUGCAUUGGCGGAGUCUGCUGAGCAACUGUUUAUCUCUCGUAAGAGGCAGCGUGGUUCUUGCAUCGAUUCUUCGUCGAACUUGUUGGAGUGAGAGUUGUGUGGUGCUAUAGUGUUGUAGAUGAUGAUGGUGGUGAAUGCUAUAUUGUGUGGCUUUUCAUGAUUUGUAUGUUGUAAUGGUCCAAAAUGGUUUGAAUUGGGGUAUGAACUCCAUUCAUAAGUGUAAUUUGCAUCUGAAUAUUGACCAUUUCUCUUGGUGAAUAGGUACUAGCACAUUUGUUUGCAAGAUCA